AUGCUCACUCUUUUCGCCGUCGCACAAUGGAACCAAGCCAGGGCAUCAGUUGCUGAGAUGAAGGAGUUGGGAGAAGAAGAUUGGACUUUGACUCAUGCUUUCUAUGCCAACGCAGGUGGCUUCUUACUCCAUACGCCGGAUUGCCCGCCCUUCCCAAUCAAUGCAAAGUCAAUUCACUACCUCUGCUCCAAGCGGUGGAUCGAGUGUCCGCGAGUCUCUCGUCACGACAUAUGGGAUCGAAGCAAAGCCGACAAAUUCGCGAAAUUGGUCGCCUUGACUCAAGCCGCAUGGCUUGUCACGCAAGUAAUUGCUCGGGCUGUUCAGAACCUUGCGAUAACACCGCUCGAGCUCUUCGCCGUCGCCUUUGUGGUGCCAACCCUGGCCACAGCCUUUUUCUGGGCCAACAAGCCACAAGAUGUCAAUCAAGCAACUACUAUCAAGAUCAGCUCUUCGGUAUCGGAAAUUAUCCAAACUGCGGGAGAAGCGGCGAAAAGGCCAUGGUCCGAUACUCCCCUCGACUUCAUUGAGAAGCCUAGCUGGAACAAUUGGGCCAGGAGGCCCGUUUUCAAGUACUUCGGUGGAUUGAGAACGAGACCCAUAGAUCGCAUCCCGAAUGAUUAUGUAGCGCCACCGAGCGGAAGGCAAUCCAUCAUCGUGUGGGUGGUGUCGGUGAUCCAUGCGGCAGUCCACGUAGCGGGGUGGUCUUUUUCGUUUCCCACAAGGGCGGAGGUCCUGAUUUGGCGAUGUUCCAGCAUUGUGUUGCUGCUGUUCAUGAUAACCGGCGGUCUAAUCCCCGUCCUUUCCACGAAGCCUUGGUUCAAUUUCAAGUUCACACUUCUUUGGGUUUGGGAAAGGUCCAUCCAAGGCCCGAACCCUACAUGGGUACAACGAUACCUCCUUGAUGUGGUGUCGGAGCUUGCAUACGUUAUGUAUAUAAUAGCUAGAAUACUCAUACUUGCCGAGAUCUGUAUCACGUUCAGAUCUUUGCCCGCAAGCGCAUACGAUACGGUCAACUGGACAGCCUUCUUACCACAUAUUGGAGGCUAA